AUGCAGAAAGCACUGCGCCUGAACGACGGGCACGCCGUCUACCUGGGGCUGCUGGCCAAGAAGGACGGGGCCCGACGGGGCUAUCUCAGCAAGAGGAGCUCUGACAACACCAAAUGGCACCCCAAGUGGUUCGCCCUCCUCCAGAACAUGCUUUUCUACUUCGAGAACGACUCCAGUUCGCGGCCGGCUGGCCUCUACCUGUUGGAAGGGUGCCUGUGCGACAGAGCACCUUCACCCAAGCCCAAGGAUGCACUGGAGAAGCAGCAUUAUUUUACGGACUUCAAUCAUGAGAACCAGAAAACUCUGGAGCUGAGAACCGAGGAUGCAAGGACUGACGAAUGGGUAGCAGCUAUCAGUCAUGCCAGUUAUGGGACUCUUGCCACAGAGCACGAAGGCUUAAUGCAGAAGUACCUCCAUUUACUUCAGAUUGUGGAGACCGAAAAAACAGUUGCCAAGCAACUCAGGCAACAAAUUGAAGAUGGAGAAAUAGAGACAGAGCGCCUGAAAUCAGAGAUUGCUGCCUUACUUAAGGACCACGAGCGCAUCCAGUCCAACCAGGCCAACGUGCCAAAUGAUGAUGACAUUGAUAUCAAGAAGAUCAAGAAGGUCCAGAGUUUUCUCCGGGGAUGGCUGUGCAGAAGGAAGUGGAAGACCAUCAUCCAGGAUUACAUCCGCUCCCCUCACGCGGACAGCAUGCGGAAGAGGAACCAGGUGGUCUUCAGCAUGUUGGAAGCCGAAGCUGAGUAUGUGCAGCAGCUGCACAUCCUCGUCAACAACUUCCUGCGCCCACUGAGGAUGGCGGCCAGUUCUAAAAAGCCCCCCAUCACCCAUGAUGAUGUCAGCAGCAUCUUCCUGAACAGUGAAACCAUCAUGUUUUUACACCAGAUCUUUUACCAGGGCUUAAAAGCACGGAUCUCUAGCUGGCCAACCUUGGUGCUUGCGGACCUCUUCGACAUCCUCCUGCCGAUGCUCAACAUCUACCAGGAGUUUGUUCGGAACCACCAGUACAGCCUGCAGAUCUUGGCCCACUGCAAGCAGAACCGGGAUUUCGAUAAGCUCUUGAAGCAUUACGAGGCCAAGCCUGACUGUGAGGAGCGGACGCUGGAGACUUUCCUGACCUACCCCAUGUUUCAGAUCCCCAGGUACAUCCUGACCCUGCAUGAGCUGCUGGCCCACACACCCCAUGAGCAUGUCGAGAGGAACAGCCUGGACUAUGCCAAGUCCAAGUUGGAGGAACUCUCCAGGAUAAUGCAUGAUGAAGUCAGUGAGACAGAAAACAUUCGGAAGAACUUGGCGAUCGAGCGGAUGAUUACGGAAGGCUGUGAAAUCCUCCUGGACACCAGCCAGACCUUCGUGAGACAAGGGUCCCUCAUCCAAGUGCCGAUGUCUGAGAAGGGGAAGGUGACGCGUGGACGACUAGGCUCCCUGUCCCUGAGGAAGGAAGGGGAGAGGCAGUGCUUCCUCUUCUCCAAGCACCUGAUCAUUUGCACCCGGGGCUCUGGAGGGAAGCUGCACUUGACGAAGAAUGGCGGUGUGAUUUCACUCAUUGACUGCACGCUGGUGGAAGAUACGGAAAGCACGGAUGAGGAACAAAAAGGAUCUGGGCAAGAUUCGGAGCACCUUGACUUCAAGAUCGUGGUGGAACCUAAAGACACUGCACCUUACACCAUUAUCCUGGUGGCCUCCUCCAGGCAAGAAAAGGCUGCAUGGACCAGCGACAUCAGCCAGUGUGUAGACAACAUCCGAUGUAAUGGCCUCAUGAUGAAUGCCUUUGAAGAAAAUUCAAAAGUUUCUGUUCCGCAGAUGAUCAAAUCAGACACCAGCCUGUACUGUGACGAUGUCGACAUUCGAUUCAGCAAGACCAUGAACUCCUGCAAAGUCCUCCAGAUCCGCUAUGCCAGUGUGGGGCGGCUCCUGGAAAGACUGACAGACCUGAGAUUCCUCAGCAUUGACUUUCUCAACACCUUCCUGCACUCGUACCGGGUCUUCACCACGGCUAUGACUGUGUUGGACAAGCUGAUCACCAUCUACAAGAAACCGAUCAGUGCAAUUCCUGCUAGGUCCCUGGAGCUUUUGUUUGCCAGCAGCCAGAACACCAAGCUCCUCUACGGAGAGCCCCCCAAGUCUCCACGUGCCAACCGGAAGUUCUCUUCCCCUCCCCCUCUGUCCAUCACCAAGUCAUCCUCACCAAGCCGGAGGAGGAAGCUGUCCUUGAACAUUCCCAUCAUCACAGGAGGGAAGGCCCUGGAGCUGGCCGCCUUGAGCUGCUCUUCCAACGGUUAUGCAAGCAUGUAUUCCUCUGCCAUGUCGCCCUUCAGCAAAACCACCCUGGACAUCAACAAGCUUUACGUCUCUGGCAGCUACUCCAAUAAGAUCUCCGACGAGGGAGAAGGGAGCACUGAAAAGGCAGAGGAAGCGCUUCUGAGCAAGACAGGCUCCGAAGAGUCACCCCGAGAAGAUUCUGCCUUUGAGGCAGCCCAGAGUGAGGAAGCAGAACCAGAGGUAUCCCCCACCAAGUCUCCAACAACCCCUAAACUGGUCAGAGGAAAGAACUCUUCAGAGUUUCCUUUGUUCUCCUAUAACAAUGGGGUGGUGAUGACUUCUUGCCGAGAGUUGGAGAACAGCCGCAGCAGCGCUCUCUCAGCCGCCUCCGCGUUCGCCAUUGCCACUGCCGGAGCCAACGAGGGGACCCCAACCAAAGAGAAGUACCGCAGAAUGUCGUUGGCCAGUGCAGGCUUCCCUCCUGACCAAAGGAACAGCGACAAAGAGUUUGUGAUCAGGAGGGCAGCGACCAACCGGGUGCUCAACGUCCUGAGGCACUGGGUCUCUAAGCAUGCCCAGGACUUUGAAACCAAGGAGGAACUGAAGUAUAAAGUGAUCAGCUUUCUGGAGGAAGUGAUGCACGACCCGGAACUCCUGACUCAAGAGAGAAAAGCCGCCAGCAACAUCAUAAGGACCCUGACCCAGGAUGACCCCGGAGACAACCAGAUCACCCUGGAAGAGAUUUUGCAAAUGGCUAUGGGGGUCAAAGCAGAACCCUUUGAAAAUCACUCAGCUUUAGAAAUAGCUGAGCAGCUCACCUUAUUGGAUCACCUGGUUUUCAAGACGAUACCCUACGAAGAAUUCUUUGGACAAGGAUGGAUGAAGGUGGAAAAGAAUGAGCGAACACCCUAUAUCCUGAUGAACACCAAGCACUUCAAUGAUAUCAGUAACCUGAUCGCCCUCCGAGAUCCUCCGCAUGAGGACAUGGCUGCCGGGUGAGCACGAUUGAGAAAUGGGUGGGCGUUGGCUGACAUUUGCCGGUGUCUGCACAACUACAAUGGUCUGGAGAUCACCUCGGCCUUCAACCGCAGUGCCAUCUUCCGCCUGAAGAAGACUUGGUCUUUCCUUUCUUCCCAGACCAAAGCUGUGAUCGAUAAGCUACAACGGCUGGUGUCUUCAGAAGGACGGUUUAAAAACUUGAGGGAAGCUCUAAAAAAUUGUGAUCCGCCCUGCGUCCCUUCUGGCAUGUACCUCACGGAUCUGGUCAUUGAAGAGGGAACUCCCAAUUACACUGAGGACGGCCUGGUGAACUUCUCUAAAAUGAGGAUGUGAAUCUCCCACAUCAUCCGAGAGAUCCGGCAGUUUCAGCAGACAGCCUAUAAGAUCGAGCAUCAGGCCAAGGUCACCCAGUACCUCCUGGAUCAGUCCUUUGUGAUGGAUGAAGAGGGUCUCUAUGAUGCCUCUCUGAAGAUAGAGCCAAAGCUCCCCACCUAA